AUGCUCCGGGGGCCAGCCCUGCCAGAGGUGCCAGAGCACUCGGCACGCCUCGACCUGCGAGUACCCUGCCCGAGACCGGAAAGUGGCCGUGGCCGAGAGGUUGGUAGCAAGCAGGUGCAGAUGCAGACUGAAGAACAAGCUGAUGCUGAGCGAUUCUACAGCUACCUGAAGAAGCUACAAGCCAUCAGUCAAGACGAAGCACAAUCGGACGGGCACGUCGCGGUCAGUCAUACCGACGAGUCUCAAACGACUGUGGCCUUGCAGUCCCGUCCUCCCAGCCAUCCACCGUCCGCAGACCGUGAGAUCGCCAAUCCCCUGAAGCAAUCUCGAAGUCUCUCCCAUCAGCACUUUGUCGGGGAGUCCACCUGCGCGGUGUUUGCAAAUCGGCUCUUACAAUGCCUUCAGCCUGAAGGGACAUCCACCUCCACCCUGCCAGAACAACAUUACGUGAAGAGACCUGAGUUUACUCGUCAAGUCGGCAACCCCUACAGUUGCAAGUUCCCUGAUCGCAUUCGGGCGACGCUGUUGGUGCGUGUUGCUUUGCGCUUCAUCGGCCAGGACUAUCAUUUCUUCCUGCAGAAAGAAUUCCUGCAGCAGCUGGAAAAGGCAUAUGCUUCCAAAGACACUCAGGAUGCCGACCCGGCUUGGGCUUGUAAGUUCUUUGUCGUUUUGGCCCUUGGGGAGCUGUAUUCGACAACGCUGCCAUCCAAUCCGCCCAGCGUCCCUGGCACCGACUACUUCGUCAGCGCCGUCAAUCUUCUUCAGGAUCUCUACGAAGAACCCAGUGUGACGCAGAUUGAGACCAUGCUUUUGUUUUGCUUUUACUCGAACGCGCUCGGCAGGGUCAAAUCCGCACACGUGUACAGUGGACUAGCAGUGCGUUUCAGUACCUGCCUAGGACUCCAUCGUGAUCCUCCUGAAGACCUGGACCUUACAGCCGUGGAAGUCGAGCACCGGGUUCGCCUGUGGUGGACGGCCUACAUCUUUGACCGGUCGACCAGUUCGCGGCUGGGCCAACCGCUGACAAUUCAGGACGAGGACAUCGACGUCCGAUUACCCUCUUCGGACCACCUGUCGCCGGAGGAUCAGGCGAAACUCGGCUCACCGGCACACCUGUGUGCCAACAUCGAGUUGGCGCGCAUCACAGGAUCCAUCAUGCGCGACAUCUACAGCCCAUCGUCCGCCCUGCGCGGCAGCUUCUUGCACAACGUGCGUACCAUCUUGAAGAGUCUGCGCAAGUGGGACGCCAACGUGGCGCCGAGUCUGCGGCUGAGCCAGGGGCCGGCGAACCGACCGCUGACAUCCUUGCAGCUGCACUUCAAUCAGUGCAUCAUCCUAACCACGCGGCCGGUGCUGCUGCAUGUGUUGAAGACCAAGAACCCGUUUGGCGAGCCGAAUGCGAAUCCGAAUGCGAAUGCAGCCCUCAAUGAUGGCCCUGCCGCCGAGCCGCUAUCAGAGACGGCCACGAUGCUUGCCGAGUCGUGUAUCUCGGCGGCUCGCACUUCCAACGGCAUUUUGUCGCAGUUGUACGUCGAGAAUGCGCUGGCUCUCUUUGGCCACUUCGACGCCCAUUAUCUGUUUGCAUCGACCCUGGUGCUGAUAAUAUCAGCCAUCAUCUCGCCCAACUCGAGCGACUCGGACGCCGUCCAGACGGCAUUCCACCUGUUGCGGACCAUGCGCGAUUCCGGCAAUGUGUCGGCCGCGCAAUUCUAUCCUCGUCUUUCCCACAUUCAAUGGAGCAUUGGCCGACUACGCGGGCGUGUCACAGCUCGGCACGAGGCCUCUGUAGCCAAUGCUCAACAAACCGAUUCGUCGGCUCAAGCCCUUGAUGCGCCAGAAUUGCCACCUCUGGGAAGUUCGGAUUUCGAAAACUAUGACUGGGACGACUUUGCCGUUCCGGAUGCAAACUUCGCCAGCUAUGACUGGACUGGCCUCGGUCGUGUGACCGUCGACCCUCUUGAUAACCCGAUGCUUCAGACAUUCCUUGACCAUGCAGACGCGACCUGGGACGAGAACAUCGGCAUAAUUGUUGGAGACAUGACAUGA